AUAUGUUGUACACAAAACUAGUUAAUUCACUACUUAAUUUGCUAUAACUCGAAUUAAUAGUUAGAUAAAUAGUUAAUUAGUUUUUUACAAUUUUUUAUUAAUUGCUACAUUUGACUCUAGUUUAAAAAAUAUGUUGUACACAAAACUAGUUACGUAAGGAGGGAUGGGGAUGCGAUGACCGACGAACAACUAGAACAAGAAUUGCACCGACAUAAUUCCCGCUUUUUUCAAGACCAACCGAGGACCAUUGACGAAGAAGAGCUCGAGGACGAGGACGACGAUGUGGAGGAAGCAAUUCCGGAGAGCCACGACGACGAGGAGGAGGAGGGUGGCGGCAGCCAUGACGCCGACCAAGCAGCCUCAUCCCAAACAGGUACAAAAAAAAGUAAAUCUGAAUUAAUGGCUAAUAAUUUUUCUAAGUGGAAGGACCCGAACACCGGGAAUUGGACCGCAACUUGCAAUUGGUGCAAGAAAAACUAUAGCUUGGGGAUUUCCGGCGGAUACGGAUCCGCCACAAGACACCUUAAGUCCAAACACCCGGUGGAGUAUGCUAAAUUAGGCGGCGGAACGGGGAAACAAACGCAAAUAUCGAGGUUUGCAAAUAACCAACAAGCUUUUGGUAAUUUCUCAUACAAUGAUGCACAAAAUUUGACAGGUAUGGCUAACUUACUUGUUGAAGAAAAUUUGCCUUAUUUGUUUUCUGAAAGUCUUGCUUUUCGUGAUUAUGCACAAACUUGUUUAAAUCCGCAAUAUAGAGGUUAUAGUCGCAAAACGGUUAAGAAAGAAAUUUCAAGGCUUUAUGGUGCGGAAAAGGUAAGGUUACAAAAUUAUUUUGCAAACUUUGAUGGACGUGUUACUGUAUGUUGUGACAUAUGGGAGGAUACUUAUCAUAAUUUACAUUAUUUGGGUCUGACUGUACAUUAUAUUGAUAAUGAUUGGCAUAUGCAUAAACGUGUUCUUGUUUUCCGUGAAUUUAAUGAUCGUCACACCGCUGAACAUAUUUAUAUUUUGAUUGAACGUAUUUUAAUUGAGUAUAAUUUAAUUGAUAAGGUGUUUGCUAUUGGUUUUGAUAAUGCUACUAAUGAUACUGCUGCUAUUCCUAGAUUGCGUGAAUUGUGUGGUUCUACUUCUUUGAUGGGUAGAUUUUUUCAUCAACGAUGUGCAUGUCAUGUUCUAAAUUUAUGUGUGCAAGAUGGUCUAAAAGCGUUGGGAGCAUCGUUGGAGGUAGUCAAGGGGGGGAUUAGACGUAUUUGGGGUAAUGGACACCUUAGGAAAAAAUGGCAUGAUUAUUUGAUAGAAAGAGGUGAGAGAUGUGUGGCUUUUCCAAAAGAUUUGUCUAUUCGUUGGAAUAGUACGUAUAAGUUAAUUGGAGUUCUUCUUAGAUAUAAACAACAUUUUCCUGCUUUUAUGAAACAAUAUGAUAACUAUAUUAUAAAUUCGACUGAGAUCGACACCUGUGAAAAAAUUUGUAAUGCUUUGAUAUAUUUUAAUAAUGCAACUGAAACUUUUAGUCAUGUUUAUAAACAUACCUCAAACCAAUUUAUUCGUGAAGCUGUUAAUCUCGCCGGUGCUUUUUCAAAUUUUGAGAAUGCUGAUUAUGUGAGUUAUUUUGCUGGUUUUAUGAAGGAAAAGUUUUUAAAAUAUUAUUCACAUAUUCCGCAUAUUUAUGGUAUUGCAUUUGUUCUCGAUCCUCGUUUUAGACUUGGUUCUUUAGAAGAAUGUUUGAAUUAUUAUUAUGCUGCUUUUUUUGGUCCAUUGCCAAUGUAUGAGGACAACCCAAUUGAUCCGAAAAAAGAAUACAACGAGGUUAGUGAUAUAUUUUAUGCAUUAUUCAAUGAGUUUCAUGCACAAUAUGGCAAUGCGCCCCCUCCCCCGACACAAACAUCAUCUAAAGGAAAAUCAAUUUUCAAAUCUACGUUUGUCAAUCUUAUUAAAAAAACAAAAUCAACUCCCGCUACACAACAAAGCACAAUUAAUGAGAUUUCUUUGUAUUUAACUUAUGAUGUUGAUUUUGAAGAAGAUGAUGAUUUUGACGUACUAAACUGGUGGAAGGGAAAAGAAAGAAUGUUCCCGGUUUUAGCAAAGAUGGCUAAGCAAGUGCUAUCAAUGCCGGUUUCAACGGUUGCCGUGUAACAAGAAUUUAGUUCGGCCGACAAUGUUCUAACACAAACCAGAACGAGGUUGAGCGCUGAAUCUCUUGAGAUGCUUAUAUGCUACCACGAUUGGUUGAAAGCAGCACGUAGAGCUCAAGAAAUUGACAUCACUCCAUCCCAACACUUUAUGGAUGAAUCUACAACAGAGGGUGACUCUACCUAUGCCGGAGAUUCCGAUUAAAAACAAUUAUAGUUCCUAUUUAAU